AUGGGCGACGCUGCCUUCGAGCCCGAGAACAUCGCCGUAUGCAUCCGCGUGCGGCCCAUGAACGAGCGCGAGACGCGUGCGAACGACCAGCCAGCGCUCGCCUGUGUGACAGCGCUGAAUGUGGUGUCGCUGACAGAUCCCGAGACGGGCGCGCCUAUGACAGGCAAAGGCAACGUGUUCCAGUACGAUCAGAUCUUCGACGCCGCGAGCGACUCGCACGUCAUCUAUGAGCUUGUAGCGCGCCGUAUCGUGCACUCGACACUGGGCGGCAUUAACGGCACCAUCUUCGCCUACGGACAGACGAGCUCCGGUAAAACGUAUACGAUGCAGGGAGACGGUGGGAUGCCCUUUGAGCCCGAGGCGGAGAGCUGUCGCCUCGGCAUCCUACAGCUGGCGGUGGAGGACAUCUUCAACUACAUCGAGAGCUGCGUGGACCGAGAUUUCCUCCUGCGCGUUUCGUUUCUGGAGAUCUACAACGAAGUGGUCAAAGACCUGCUAAACCCCAAAGAAAAAGGCGCCAAUCUCAAACUCCGAGAAGACCCACGCAAAGGCGUGUAUGUCGAGUGUACGGAGGAGAUUAUCACCAACUAUGAGGACAUUGUGACGCUGCUCCAGGCAGGAAACCAGAACAGAACCACAGGACAGACUGCUAUGAACGACAAGAGUUCGCGCUCCCACAGCGUCUUCCGGAUUGUGAUCGAGAGUAAACAGAAGGCGGAGCCCAGACGACACUCAGAGGAGGACGUGAACGGCGCUGUGCUGGUGGCGAGUCUCAACCUCGUGGACCUCGCAGGAUCCGAGAGCUUGCGAUACACUGGCGCUGAGGGCAUUCGACAACGAGAAGCUGGAAACAUCAACAAGUCGCUCCUGACACUCUCGCGUGUGAUUAAUUCCCUCGCGAGCUCUGGAGGGGGAGGACAGAAUGCGCCAUUUAGAGACAGCAAGCUCACGAGGCUACUACAAAACUCUCUGGGCGGCAACACACGCACACUCAUCGUCUGCUGCGUGACUCCGAGCGACCGAUUUAUUGAGGAGACCAAGAGCACGUUGCAGUUUGCAGCUCGAGCCAAGGCUAUCCAGACAUCCGCUAGAGUGAACGAGGUGCUGGACGACCAGACGCAGCUUCGACGUCUCAAGCGAGAACGCUGA